GAGUGGCGAAUUUGUUGCUUGGGUCAUGCGGGACGAUUGUCAGUGUCAAAUGGCCAUCUUGUUUUUUCGUUCCUUUUUCUUGUAGACACCGACGUGUAGAAAACGUGUUGAGCGUUUCGUGUGUCGAAAAUUUCCCAAUUUAAAUCGAAAUGGGGUUCGUUAAAGUAGUGAAGAACAAGCAGUACUUCAAGCGUUAUCAAGUCAGGUUCCGUCGCCGUCGCGAAGGCAAGACCGACUACUAUGCCCGCAAGCGCCUGAUUUUCCAGGACAAAAACAAAUACAACACUCCGAAGUUCCGUCUGAUUGUUCGUCUCAGCAAUCGCGACAUCACCUGUCAGAUUGCGUACGCCCGCAUCGAGGGAGAUCGCAUUGUGUGCGCGGCCUACUCGCACGAGCUGCCACGUUAUGGCGUGAAGGUUGGUUUGACCAACUAUGCCGCCGCCUACUGCACCGGUCUGCUGGUUGCUCGCCGCAUCCUGCAGAAGCUGCGCCUGGACACGCUGUACGCCGGCUGUACCGAUGUGACCGGUGAGGAGUACCUGGUGGAGGCCGUCGACGAUGGUCCGGCCGCCUUCCGGUGCUACCUGGAUGUGGGUCUGGCCCGCACCAGCACCGGUGCCCGUGUGUUCGGCGCGAUGAAGGGAGCCGUCGAUGGCGGACUGAACAUUCCGCACUCGGUCAAGCGCUUCCCGGGCUACAGUGCCGAGAACAAGAGCUUCAACGCGGAAAUGCACCGUGACCACAUCUUCGGUCUGCAUGUCGCCAACUACAUGCGCACCCUGGAGGAGGAGGACGAGGAGGCAUUCAAGCGCCAGUUUAGCAAGUACAUUUCGCUGGGCAUCAAGGCCGACGAUAUUGAAAACAUCUACAAGAAUGCCCACGCCUCCAUCCGCAAGGAUCCCUCCUUCACGAAGAAACCCGAGAAGAAGGUCACCAAGAAGCGGUGGACACUGGCCAAGCUCCCGCUCGCCGUCCGCAAGGAGAGAAUCGCGAAGCACAAGGCCGACUUCCUGGCCAAGAUCCAGGCCGACGUCGAAGCCUAAACCGGCUUGCGGUCAGUGGUCGUCGUUCGUCGUUCUCUUCGUGGUGGUGUACCCUUGUUCAGUCUUCUCUAGCGCAGCAGAUGAGGCGAGCAACAGAAAAAAAACAUUCGUUUAUUUUUUGCUUCUUCUAUUUCGCUGAAGAUAAACAUUAUGUUUAAACACUAACAACUGGUGUGACUGUGGAUUUGUUGUCGCGUUUGGUGUCUUAAUGUAGGAAUUGUGCUCGGUCGUGCAAAUGGCAGUUCCGGGGCUGUGUUUCCUCUGGAAGAUCUGCAACUCUCGUCUAGUGUUGUGCGAAGUGAAAGAGGAACCAGUUCUCUAGCUAAGGAUGACAUUGGUAAUAAAUGUAAUGUUUCUAUUCAGCCGAAUUGGAAUCAAAUAAUUAGCGCAGUUUGGAUUUUGUUGACCACUCAACUGGCCUGGUAGAGGGAGAGAUUUUUGGUUUACACUACUAGUUUACUCCUAGAUUGUAAGCUUCAAUUUGGUCUUGAAAUGGAUCAAAAAUAUAUAUCAUUCAAAUGAAA